CACCAGCAUAGGACAUGAUGCGUGUCCCCGUACGAGAGCUCCGUCUCUCUCCCUCUGCAUCGUAGAGGAGAAAGAAAACAGCAUAAAAGACGGUAUGACGACGCAAAACCGACCUUGUGAGAGAGCAGCAUCAGGUCUAGAAUGCUACACAAGCCCUAGCUAGGGUUUCCAUUUCUUCAUCAUCUCUCUCGGCGAGAUGGCAUCGUGGAAUUUCCCAGACGGCAACAUCACCAAAUUUCUAGAAAGCAGAUACAUCGACGUUCGCCAGGAUGUUAACUCCAGGUUGCAAAUGCAUUCUUCUUUGGUACAAAGGCUCUCUCUUGAAAAGGAAUUGGAGGGUCAUCAGGGUUGUGUGAAUGCCCUGGCAUGGAACUCAAAAGGCUCACUCUUAAUAUCUGGAUCAGAUGAUACACGGAUUAACAUUUGGAGUUAUACAGGCAGGAGGCUCUUGCAUAGUAUUGAAACAGGGCAUAGAGCAAACAUAUUUUGUACAAAAUUCAUUCCUGAGACUUCUGAUGAGCUAGUGGUGUCUGGUGCAGGAGAUGCAGAAGUUCGCGUAUUCAACUUAUCUCGUUUAAGUGGGAGAAGAUCUGAAUUAAAUGCACCUGAACCGUCAACCCUUUUUCAAUGCCACUCAAGAAGAGUCAAGAAGCUUGCUGUUGAAGUUGGAAAUCCUAAUGUGGUAUGGAGUGCAAGUGAAGAUGGAACUUUGAGACAGCAUGAUUUUCGGGAGGGUGCUUCUUGUCCUCCAGCUGGAUCUUCUCAUCAAGAUUGCCAUAACGUUCUACUGGAUUUAAGGUGUGGAGCGAAGAAGUCACUUGCUGAUUCUCCUAAGCAAUGUCUUGCUCUUAAAUCGUGUGACAUCAGCACCACUCGGCCUCAUCAGCUCCUUGUAGGAGGGAGUGAUGCUUUUGGUCGCUUGUAUGAUAGAAGGAUGCUUCCACCAUUAAGUUCUUGCCAGAAAAGGAUGAAACCACCUCCUUGUGUUGAUUAUUUCUGUCCGAUGCAUCUUUCUGAUCGUGGACGCUCAAACUUGCACCUCACUCAUGUUACUUUUAGUCCUGAUGGAGAGGAGGUACUCCUUAGUUACAGUGGGGAGCAUGUUUACCUAAUGGAUGUGAAUGCUGGUGGUGAGAGUAGCAUGAGAUAUAGAGCAGGCGAUGUUGCGAAGCAGAUGGAUCUUGAUCCUCUCCUUAGUGGAGCAGAACCAAGCCCAUCACAACCCAUUCUUUUGCCAACUGGUGCUCCCCACGACAGUCAUACUUCUAGCAGGAUUAGGAAGAGCUAUGAAUUGGUUCAAGCUGCUGAAAAAUCCUUGGAAGGGCCAAACUACUCAUAUGGAAUUGAAGCAUGUAGUGAAGUACUUGAUGGAAAUGGUCCAGAAAUUGGAACCAAACUUAAGCAUGACUGCUUAUGUACUCGAGCAGCAUUGUUUCUCAAGAGGAAGUGGAAAAAUGAUGUUCAUAUGGCAAUUAGAGAUUGCAACAGAGCUCGAGCUAUUGAUUCUUCUUCGUUCAGGGCACAUUUCUACAUGGCUGACGCACUUACACAGUUAGGGAAACAUAAAGAAGCCCUGGACUAUGCUAUGGUAGCACACUAUUUGGCUCCGUCAAAUCUCCAGGCAUUACACAGAGUGGAGAGUAUAAAAGAGCAUCUUGCUGCAGCUGAAGCUGAAAAGAGUAAUGAUGGAACAUCUAAGGGUGAAGUGCGAUCUGGAAGGAUAAGAUCAUUGAGUGAUGUACUCUAUCGGUCAGAGGCAAACAGUGAUGCAUCGCAAGAUGGGCCAAGAUCUGAGAGGGAAGAUUCAGACUAUGAGGAGGAAAUGGAGUUAGACUUUGAAACAUCAAUAUCUGGUGAUGAGGGGCGUGAUAUUGAAUCAGGCAUUCUUCGUGGAAGUUUAAAUUUGAGAUUUCAUCGGAGAAGUGAUUCAACUAAAGAAAAAUGCAGCACAAAUGGCUCAUGUGGAUCACCCUCAUCGUCGUCUCAAAAUGAAAGUAUGGCCUAUCGGCCAGAAGUCGUGAUUGACAUGAAACAAAGAUAUGUCGGUCAUUGCAAUGUUGGGACGGACAUAAAGCAGGCUAAUUUUCUUGGCCAGAGAGGAGAGUAUGUUGCGAGUGGAAGUGAUGAUGGGAGAUGGUUUAUUUGGGAGAAAAGAACUGGAAGACUGAUAAAAAUGCUUGCUGGAGAUGAAGCUGUGGUGAACUGCAUACAGUGCCAUCCGUUUGACUGCACUAUUGCAACGAGUGGAAUUGAUAGCACAAUCAAAAUAUGGACACCAUGUGCUGAAGUCCCAUCUAUGGUAGCCGGAGGAGCUGCGGGACCAGAGACUGCUGAUGUGUUAAGUGCUAUGGAAAACAAUCAAAACAAGUUAUGUCGCAACCGCGAUGCAGUCUUGCCCUUUGAACUUCUGGAGCGGUUUAGGAUGCAUGAUUUUGCUGAAGGAACUUUACAUCCUUUUGAGUGUGCCCAGAGCUAAUCUGUUUUGUAUGGUUAAAUGUCCAGGUUUUACUCCAAUAAUGGAAUUAUGUGAAGAGUAUGAAGUAAAAGCAGCUUGGCAAAGUAUUACAGAGGGAAUCAAUCUAGACAAUUGAAAAGAUUUUCCUGGGACGACGAGACUUGCAACCUGUUGAAAUCAAUGUAAUGUGCAGGCUUGGUCACACAUUUGAAGUAGGAUUAUAUGGUCACUAGAGCCCACAAGGCCUGGUUAGUAGUUGAAGUGGGUUGUGUAGUACUUGAGGAACUCAUCUUUUGUUCCUGCAGAUUGUCUUGCCCUAAUAAAGGGGCCCUUGUUAAUAAAAGCUCAUUUGUAUAAUGAGGGUUGGGUCCCCAUUCUCUCAUGCCACCUUUAAGCAUUAUCUUAUAUACUUGUUUGUUCCUUUUCCCUCA